AUGUAAGCCGCCGGCAAUGUUGAUGUCGAGCUGGCACUUUGACGUUGCUGCCAAUUGAAGUAGUAAGAAGCUGCAGAUCUGUGGAAGCAGAAAAAAUGUCCUUCCGGAGAGUGAAUAUUGUUAUACUGCUGCUGAUUGCUGUUGCAUUUUUGAUAAUCGUACAUCGAAACCUUUUGAGUUUGAACGACUUCCUGAAGAGGCAAAUUUCUGACGUGGAUCAAAAUGGAUUACAACCCAUUGACUUCAUCGUGAACAUUCCUGAGAAGUUCAGAGCUGUCAGGACGGGUGAAGAAAUUCCAGUGGUCAUCACGGCCGUAGAGGAACGACUUGGAGGACUGAUAGCAGCAGUGAACAGCAUUCACAGCAACACGCAGGCCAACGUUGUGUUCUACUUUGUUACCACAAACGACACGGUAAUGCACUUGAAGCAUUGGAUAACUCAAACUGAUCUCAAGGACGUCAAGUACAGAAUUGUGCCAUUUGAUCCACACAUCCUGGCAGGCAAAAUAAGGAUAAAUUCAGAACAGUCGGAGGACAUAAAGCCACUCACGUUUGCAAGAUUCUUCCUUCCUGCAUUUGUGCCAGAUGGAGAAAAGGCCAUUUACAUGGAUGACGAUGUGAUAGUACAAGGAGAUAUCCAGGAGCUGUACAACACCAAGCUGAAGGCAGGACAUGCUGCUGCAUUUUCAGAUGACUGCGAUUCAGCCUCGUCCAAAGGAAUGGUGAGGGGGGCUGGAAAUCAGUUCAACUAUAUUGGCUUCCUUGACUUUAAAAAGGACACCAUAAAGAAACUGGGCAUGAAGGCCAACACCUGCUCCUUCAACCCUGGCUUGUUUGUUGCCAACCUAACCGAAUGGAGACUUCAGAACAUAACUGAGCAGCUCGAGAGAUGGAUGGAAAGAAACGUAGCAGAGGAUUUGUACAGCAGGACUCUUGCUGGCAGCGUCACUGCGCCACCUCUGCUCAUUGUAUUCUAUAAAAAACACUCCACUAUUGAUCCCUUGUGGCACGUGAGACACUUGGGUUCCACAAGUGCUGGAAACCGCUAUUCAUCCCAGUUUAUUAAAGCAGCCAAGCUUCUUCACUGGAAUGGCCAUUUCAAACCGUGGGGUCGGGCAUCUCCUUACUCGGACACCUGGGACAGUUGGUACAUCCCUGACCCAACAGGUAAAUUUCACCCCAUCCGGAGAAGCACAGAGGAAAAAUAAGGGGCUUGAACAAGACAUUGUUUUUGCAGCCGCAGCCCCUGAUCGCUGUUACCUGGUUUUUGGACCUCAAAACCUGUGAUUUCUCAGGAGUGCCCUUUCUGUCUACUUGGAUAAUGAGCUGUUUUCUUUACAUUUUUUACAUUUGUACUGUACUGUACUUUGCAUGCAGCUAUAAAGGAUCCCUUUGCGCUUAAAGCAGAGGGCCGCCAAGCCUGAUCUUCAAGCAUUACAGUGGCCGCAGGUUUUUUUUUUUCAGCCAACCAGCUUGAUGGAAGCCAAUUCUUAACUGGAAAUGGCGGAUGUACUUAAGUUAAGAUGAUGUUAUCCUGGUUCCUUCCGGUAAGUCAGAUAUCUAACGUCCCAGAGAAAAGAAAAGGAUUCUGUGGACUUGUGUAAAUUAACACUACAUAACAGCAUGUGUAGCACAUAAAACAUACAAUAUCACAAUACAUGAAACAAUUCAUAUACUGUACCAUAUUGAACUCCACAUGUAGCAACAUAAAACAAAUACCCUACUUAGACAUCAAUCACCCAACCCUGAAUGGGAUGCCACUUUAGCAAAGAUUACCUGCUACUGCCCACUAGCCCUCAGGUUUUCUUUUUCUUGGUCCCCAUCUUAUAUACAAUUUUGUGAAAAAUCCAUCCAUACAUUUUCCAACCCGCUGAAUCCGAACACAGGGUCACGGGGGUCUGCUGGAGCCAAUCCCAGCCAACACAGGGCACAAGGCAGGAAACAAUCCCAGGCAGGGUGCCAACCCACCACAGUAUGUGAAAAAUACACCCCAUUAUUUUUUUUUUGUUUUUUAAAUAUUUGGACAUAUCAAUAUUUGAUUAAGGAGGCAAUCCCAGGAGGGAGACGAAAUUUGAUAUUGCAGUAAUUGUUUCAAUGACACACCAUUUCUGUUGGCUCUAACAGUUUAUAUUGCCCACUCAUGUCUGUCUACCAGUCUCUGACAGCGACUCCAUUCCUCAAUGCAGAAUGGUUUUCAGCUGGGUGCUGUUUAAGGGUUGUCUUGUGUGCACAGCCUCUUUCAAAUACACAACACACAGCAUCUCAAAGGGAUUCAGAUCCGGGCUCGGCCUUCCCAGAACACCCCCAAUCUCGUUUCUUUCUUUUCAGUCAGUCCCAUGCGGUUUUACUGGUAAGGUUACGGUCAUUGUCACGUUGCAAGCUCCCCUUUCAGUUGAGCUUCUGCCUUUCCUGACAGAUGACCUCACAUCUUAUUCAAGCACCUUCUACUAUAAUGGAGAAUUCCUAGUGGAUUCUAGGAGGGGGAGCUGCCCAAGGCCAAAUGCAGCAAAGCAAACCCAACAUAACAUUUUCAUCACCAUGCUUUAGAGAUGCCAUCAGGUUCUUCUGGUCAUGUGCGGUCUCUUGUAGUUGCAAACCAUCUCCUCUGGUGCUGGCCUGGUCUGGCCAGAGCACAUUGUUUCAAAUGGCCUUGGUCCUUUUAAACUUGCACAACUACCUUUUUCUAAAUUGUACAAUGGAUUACUACAUGUAAAUGUGGAAUGGUGUUUAUUUUAUCAACACCUAUAGAUAAAGAAGAUCUAACAAAGACCAAAUCCUGAUAUGUCCAUAUAUAUUUAAAAGAAGAAAAAUAAAAUUUCAUGGACAGGCCCACAUUUAACUGGCCAGUUAAGUUUUGGCAUCUUGCUUCAUGCAUCUCAAAGUUAAUUGGCUAAUGGUCAAAGAACAAAAACGUAUUGAGAAUGUCUAUGAAAAUAAUGCAAAGAUAUUAGGUGAAGAAUUAAGCACCUCUUGAAACAGAGGCUACUGGGUUCACACUUACCAUGUCUGUAAAAAGUCUUCACUUUUUUGUUACACAACACACUGAAUCACAGUCAAUUUAAAUUUGGCUUUUUUGACACUGGACAAAAAAAGCUCUUUAACAUUAAAGUUAAAUCAGAUCUCUGCAAAGUGGCCUAAAUUACAAAUAUAAAAGUUUAAUGUUUUAUACUUAUAGACAGGUAGCAUGGCUAGUUACAAGACCAACUGAAAUGUAAGUAAUCAACGUGGACGGCAGCGUUAACGUUUGCAGUGCACUGUUAAAUAUGCAUGUGUCUGUUAUCUGCUAUUUGGCAUGGGAUUCGUAAAAAGCAUUGGUAAUGGCACAUCACAACUAUCUGUUGGAAUGACAAAUGCAAUGCCUUUAUCUCUGCUUUACGUCAUUUAGAAUGGGAUUCGUAAAAGCAGUGUUAAUGUUUGUGAUGCACCACCUGUUGAAAAGAUGGAGACUUGCAAAUGGACGGACGUGUAUUUUUUUUAUAUUUUGACAUUACAAAGAGUCUUUAUCCGUUUAGUGUCAAAAAAGCCAAAUUAUUUCUUCUAUUUUGAACAAUAAGAAAAUAUAAAGCUUCCAAGGGGAUGAAUACUUUUUUUUUCUCGGCACUAUAAGAGAAACUAAAGGGAAGCCACCCCAUCCCACCUCCACCAGUUUAUGUCCAUUACUUGUCUGCAAUGGCAAGAGCCGAGACAGGUGUAGGGGAGUAUAGCAGACACAGGCACAAGUGAUACUAAAUGGGUAAAGUGACUUUGGUGUCACACCCCUCUGUGCUCAUUACCUAGCAACAGUUAAGAUUAGAUUUACAAAAUAAAGAGAACAGGCUCAAAGAAUAAAAAAAAAA